AUGUAUAUAUAUUACGUACCACCUUUAUAAAAUCAAAAUAUUCUUUGUUUUUCUUUUUCUAAAGCAUUCAUAUUAGAACACGAGAAAAAGUAGAUCGGAGAGGAGAUGGGGAACAGUUUAGGAGGUCGGAGAAGAGCCAAGGUGAUGAAAAUCGACGGCGAAACUUUCAAAUUAAAGACGCCGACGACGGCAUCGGAGGUUACCAAGGACCAUCCCGGCUACGUCCUGUUGGAUUCUAACGCCGUCAAACAUUUCGGUAUCCGGGCCAAGCCACUUGAGCCGUGGCAGCAGCUGAAGCCGAAGAAGAUAUAUUUCCUGGUGGAGCUUCCCAAGGUCGCCGAGGAAAAAGCGCUGCCGCACCGGAGAGUUCAGUCCGGCAUAAACAUGAGCGCGAAGGACCGGCUGGAGUAUCUGAUGUUGUCCCGGAGAGCGGUGUCGGACCUUACGAUUGUUCGACCGCCGGCGGCUGGAGAUUUACCCGACGAGCCGGUAGCUCCUGGUUCUGGGCCGUUGAGGGUGAAAAUGAGACUUCCGAGAGCUCAAGUGGCGAAGCUGAUGGAGGAGAGUAAGGAUGAAGCCGAGGUGGCGGAGAAGGUCAUGGAUCUUUACCGGGGGAAUUAUUCCGGCAACCUCGACAGCGGGAGUCGCCGGGAAAUGCAUUGGAGGCCGGGACUUGGGAGCAUUGGCGAGAAUAAUAUGAAGACACGCCCGAAACGAGUCAGUUUUGCAGCGAAGGAAGAGGCAGAGAUCCAAUUAGAGAUUCCCUCUUAAAAGCAGCCAAAUUGGAGUGAUUCAGCAGCAUUAAGUUGGGCUCUACAUAUAUAUAUAUAUUUAUAUGUAUGUAUAUGUAGGUAUAGUUCUUGAUUGAUGCAUGCAUGAAAAAGAUAAAAGUCAAAUUUGGUAUGUAGCGAGAUUGAUUUUCUCUAGGAAAAUAAGAAAAAAAGAAAAGAAGAAAGUGGAUUUUUGUUACAAAUAUUCACUUGCCUUAGUUGAGUGGGGUGUCUCUCUUCUUUGCCCCUUUCUGUUCCACUCUACUGAUUAGGAAAGAACUGAGAUUAGCGAGACACAACGUUUCAUACUUCAUCUUUUAGGGUUUUUUUCUUUUAAACUUUGUAUAUAUACAUAUACAUAAUAUAUCUCCGUCAUACUUUCCUUUCCUUCUUAUA